CAAAAAUAAAAAAAGAGAGACGCUAGAAAGAACUACAAAGAACGCGAAGGAAGAUUUGAUUUUUUAUCGAUUUCUUUUUAACAACGAACAACAAAGAUCAUCUGCGUAAUAAAGAAGAUAUUGUUCCCCCCCCCCCCCCCCCCCCCCCCCNAAAGGAGAGAUUCGACUUAAUCGAGUCUAAUCCUGGAAUCAUUCACGAUAGAUUCUGUGAUUGCGACUAAGAGGACGAUGGCUAUAUAUGAUCAAACCGGAACCAGUACACAGAAGAAAAGGAAAUCGAGGGCUCGAGCCGAUGGUUUAACAGUAGCUGAUAGGUUAAAGAAGUGGAAAGAGUACAACGAGACUGUCGAAGCUUCGAUUAUUAUACAAGGAGAGAAACCCAGACGCAAGGUUCCUGCCAAAGGGUCUAAGAAAGGUUGUAUGAAAGGUAAAGGAGGACCCGAGAAUCCUCACUGUAGUUUUAGAGGUGUUAGACAAAGGAUUUGGGGUAAAUGGGUUGCAGAAAUUCGGGAACCUAAUAGAGGGAAUAGGCUUUGGCUUGGUACUUUUCCUACUGCUGAAGAAGCUGCUUCCGCUUAUGAUGAAGCUGCUAGGGUUAUGUACGGUUCGUUGGCUCGUCUUAACUUCCCGCAGUGUGUUGGUUCUGAGUUUACUAGUACGUCGAGUCAGUCUGAGGUGUGUACCUUUGAGGAUAAGGCGGUUGUUUGUGGUGAUGUUUGUGUGAAGCAGGAAGAUAAAGAUUGUGAAAGUAAACAAUAUAGUCAGAUAUUAGAUUUUCGGGACGAGUCUGGUGAAACCAGGAUGGACAAUUGUGCGGUUGGACAUCAAAAUGUGGAUACCGUACUGAAUUACGAUUUGUUGAAAGAGUUUGAACAGCAGUAUUGGGGCGAAGCUAUGAAGGAAGAGGAGAGACCGAAGCAGGAAGAAGAGGAGAAAGCAAAGCAGGAAGAAGAAGAGAUGCAGCAACGUCUACAGCUACAGCAACAGCUACAACAGGAACAGGAACAGCAACAGCAACCUGAUUUGCUUACUGUUGGAGAUUAUGGUUGGCCUUGGCCGAGUGAUCAGGAGCUUUGGGAUCCUAAUGAGUUGUUUGAUAUCGAUGAACUCCUUGGAGACAUAAAUGAAGACAUGGUACCUGGUCCUGGUCAGAGCGAGGACCAAAACCACAUAUAUUCUGUUAGUUGUGAUUUGCAUCCGCUUCAUCUGGAGCCACACGAUGGUCACGAGUUCGAUGGUUUGAGUUCCCUGGAUCUUUGAGAGUUCUGAGGCAAUGGUCUACAAGACUACACACCAUAAUCUUUGGAUUGAUCAUAGCAGAAACAAGAAAUAGGAGUUAAUGAGCUGAUUCACAAUGAAAAAUAUUAAAUAACUCUAUAGUUUUUGUUAUUUCCUUCGAACAUGAAGUGUUGAUUCUCAUCUAUUGAGUUUAAUAUAGAGAACGGCAGGGUUACUCUUUUUCUCCUCUUUGUAGAACAAUAGUGUACAUACAAAAUAAACAGAAAAUUUAACCAUAA